AUGCAAGUGUUGACACAAGAGCUUCAUCUUGAACUCUGUAGCUACUUGCAAAGAGCUUCAGAUAUUUACUUUGGCCUUACACCAAAAGAUGUUAGGAAACUAGCAUAUCAAUUAGCAGAUGCUAAUAAAUUGGCUAUGCCAAAAUCAUGGAUGGAAAAUCAUUGUGCUGGGAGAGAUUGGUUUACGUCUUUCCUACAAAAAAAUCCAACAUUGUCUUUAAGAGCUUCAGAGGCCAAAAGCAUUGCACGUGCCAUAAGUGUUCAACGUCAUCAAUUCACACCAGCAGAUAUUUGGAACAUGGACGAAACAGGGGUAACUAUAGUUCAAAAGCCUGAUAAAGUGAUCUCAAGAAAGGGCCAAAAGCAAGUUGGAGCAAUAACCUCAGCAGAAAGAGGUGCUUUAGUUACCUUGGCAUGUGCUGCCUCUGCUAUCGGUAACAGUAUUCCACCUUUUUUCGUAUUUCCGAGAGUCAAUUUUAGGGACCACUGUUUAACUUCUGCACCACCUGGCAGUGAUGGGGACGCAAAUCCAUCUGGUUGGAUGAAGGAAGACACUUUUUGUAAAUUUCUUACUCAUUUUGUAAAGAAUGCACGGCCUUCAAAGGAGCAUCCAGUUUUGCUACUGGUUGACAAUCACUUUUCGCACUUGUCAUUGAAUGCACUAGACUAUGCGACAGCAAAUGGAAUUAUUAUGUUAAGUUUUCCACCCCAUUGCACCCACAAGUUGCAACCACUAGAUAGAACAGUCAAUGGCCCUUUUAAAAAGGCUGUAAAUACAGCCAUCAACAGUUAG